AGCAUCAAGCAAAAAGUCCAACAGUCUUUGGCUCCUCGGAUAUGACUCAGAGUGACUCCUCUCUCUCAUCGCGAUAUCUCUGCUACGUCGUGACGCCAUCACGUCAGACGGAGCGCUCAAACCAGCCAAUCAGAUCGCGCGGCUCAAGAAGAGUCCCGGGGAGUUCCGUGUUGACGCCACUGCUGUUUUGAAACCGUCGAAAUAAAACCUCCAUCUUUCUGUUUCUUCGUCCCCGCGUGUGUCUGUCCUCUGAGUGUCGGAGAUGAACAGCGUCGGGGAGGCCUGCACCGACCUGAAGCGGGAGUACGACCAGUGCUUCAACCGCUGGUUCGCCGAGAAGUUCCUGAAGGGGGACCGGAGCGGCGACCCGUGCACCGAGACCUUCCGCCAGUACCAGCGGUGCGUGCAGAAGGCCAUCAAGGAGAAGGACAUCCCGAUCGACGGCGUGGAGUUCAUGGGCCCCAACAAGGACAAGCCCGAGAGCUGAUCCCUGCCGAUCAUCAAUACUGAGAUCGAUACGCCAUAUGGACCGGGGACUGUGUCCACGAGGCCCGUUGAGCAUGCGCAGAAGCUGUGCUGCUGCUGCGGAAGAACACAGCGGGCUGCGGAGCCUGGACACUGAGUGUGUGUUCACACACACACAGACUGUUUUCUUUCCAAGCUGCUGCUUUUAUUCUGGAGUUUAACAUGACUGUGAGCUGCUGUAGCGACUGUAGGACACAGCUGAUACUAGGUAUCGAUCAGUAACCAAUAGAUUGAUUGAUUGAUUGUUGAAGACACAGCUGAGCCUGUGGCUGCAGCUGCUGCACUGAUGCUUCUCUCUCUUUGUUUCACUGUAACUGAAUGUUUCUGGGUUUGGACAAAACAAGACGCUUGAAGGUGUGAAGAUUAAUAUAUUAACUGGAAGAAUUCACUACUGGAUUUAUCAGUAAUGGAAAUAAUAAUCAUGACACUCAGCUGAUCAUUGAAGUGACAGUUUGUCUAUAAAUUUGACUUUUUUAAAUGAUUGUGUUUGGUGUUUGUUUUUUUUUUUACGAAGGAGGAGGAUUAGGGUCAUGUUAAAGGAAAAAAAUUGAUUUCAAGAAUGAGGUUAUAAUAUUACGAGAAUAAAGUUGUAAAUCUACAGGAAUAAAGUCAAAAUGUUUUGAGAAUGAAGUUGAAACAUUUUGAGAAUGAAGUUGAAACAUUUUGAGAAUGAAGUUGAAACAUUUUGAGAAUGAAGUUGAAACAUUUUGAGAAUUAAAUCGAAAUAUUUUGAGAAUAAAGUCGAAAUAUUUUGAGAA